ACAGAGAGAGAGAGUGAGAAAGGAAGAUUAAUUGAAAUAUUUAUAGAGAAGGAGAGAGAGAGAGCGUUAGUGUUUAGAGAGUUGUGUGUGUGAAGAUUACUACAAAAUGUUUAGACAUACACAAAGAACAUAUAUGUACAUCUAAUAUUUUAUAUAUAUAGACCUGUGUGAAAAACAGUGAAAAGGGGAAUAUAUACAUGUAUUUAUAAACAUUUUGUAAAAUAGACACAACUAAUUAGCAAACACGUGACUAAUGCUAUUUCUCUCUCGUUUACUCCGAAGAAAAACACAGGAAACUCUUUUGAUCCGGCACAGAUAAAUAUAUUGUUGUCAUAAAGAGAAGUAGAUUACUAAGACUAUAGUCGCAGUAACACCAGACAAUAAAACCAAAGGAAGUGUAUAUAAAGAAGACUAAAUGGGCCAAGUAUUAGAUGCAUCGAGGUGGACCCGGAAGUGACCUUUGGUCUUCUUGACCAGUAAAUGAAUUAAUAUUAUUGUGAAUCACCAAUAAUGUUAUUAUUCAGUUUCUUACGUUGAUUUCGUUGGACUCGUCCACCUUUCACAUAACAAAGGUUUUGCUUUUCCUGAUUCAAUCACUCUGUCCCCCUCACUUUGUCAUUCUUCGAUUUUCUCCUGCAUCUCGCUUCGGCUCUUUUUCUUUUUGAUUGUAUUGUUCGGCCUACCACAAGUGGAUAUUUCAUUUUAUACCAGAGAGGAAAAUGUGGCGACAUCCGACGAUGUCCUGUUAUCAUCGCAGUCGGAAGAAAACCGUCCUUCACAGCUGCUGUGUUCGCUACAGCUGUAGUGAUCUAUCAUUACUUCUUUUGACUAUAUUCCUGCUGUUCCAGCCAGUCAAAUCACAGACUGUAGGGUCAACUGAACCCACAAACAGCCCAUCACCCAACAGCCAGUUUUACUGCCAAGUAAAUGCAACCAAUCAGUGUGAAGAGAAUGAGAUGUGUGCAGCAAUAAGCACAGAUAAGGGUGUAUGUAUCUGUAAGCCUGGUUUCAUGAAGAAUCAGUCAGUCAAGUGCAUUCCUAUUUCAAACUCUCAAUCUGGAACUUCUUUGGUAUCUACCUCCUCAGAAAAACCUUCCACAGUAACUGGCUCCUCAUCCACUAUCAGAAGUGUUCUAGCAAAUUCCACUGUUUCCACAACUACCAUUUCCAGCCAUCCCAAUGCUACUGACCAGUCUAGUUCCCUGAAUCAGUCCAGGACCGUCAGUAUGUCCACAAACUCUAGUCUGUCCAGUAUCUCUACAACCACCAGUUCUUCCAAUACUUCAAGUACUCCCAGUCCGUUCAGCAUUUCUAGUAUGGCUACAAAAAAAGAAGAUGUUUCUCCUGGAACUAAAAUUAAGGUUACUACACCUCAGAAUGCCACUGAUUCCAUAGUUACAACAACCAAAGCAGUGCCAAUAUUGCCUCCAUUAAAAGUGUCCGCUGGCUCCAACAAACGUCUGCAACUUCCCAAGAAUGAAAUUAUUCUUACUGCAUAUGUUAUGGAUGAGCCAUUAGAAGUCCCACCCGACUUAUUAAUCUCUACAUACACGGGAGAUAUUAAUGUGACUGAUUUUGCAGCUCAAACAUCUGAACUUGUUGCUGGUCUUUACACUUUGAAACUUGAAGUUACUGGAAACAACCGAGCUGGUGAAGCCUAUGUCAAUGUAACUGUGAUCCCACCAAAGAGGAUUAAUAAACCUCCAGUCGCUAUAAUUAAGCCAACAUCUCUCCAGAUCAAGUUACCUACAUCUGCUAUCCUUGACGGCUCAGACAGCACAGAUGACAUGAAGGUCGUCAAGUAUAAAUGGGAAGAGGUCAGUGGCCCCAUCAAUGACCGACCCAUCGAAAGUAAUGCAUCCAUGUUGAAACUUAAUCAUCUGGAACCAGGGAAAUAUCAGUUUAAGUUAACCGUGACUGAUUCUGAUGGUGCCACAAAUUCCACUUUAGCUAAUGUUACCGCUAUUAAAGAAACUGAUUACCGUCCAACAGCAAACGCAGGAUCUGACGUGGUCAUCAACCUGCCAGAGAACUCGGUCACGCUCUAUGGAAACGCCAGUACUGAUGAUAAAGGUAUUGUCAGUUAUGAGUGGACAAAAUCAUCAGAUGACCACUUAGUGGCCGACAUGAUGGGGGUUCGCUCUCCAGUCCUGAAAAUCUCAAACCUUGAGGUGGGAAAUUACAAGUUUACUUUGAAAGUCACGGAUACAGGUGGACAGAAUGCCACAGCAGACGUACACGUUUUUGUGAAACCAGAGGUGAACCAGCCACCAAUUGCUGUUACUGCUGGAGAAAUAACUGUUGUAUUACCAGUUGCCAGCCUCGUCCUUGAUGGUCAGAACAGCACAGAUGAUAAAAACAUUGAAACCUACUCGUGGACACAAACAAGUGGACCCCAGUUGACAGUGUCUAAUUCAGACAGGAACAUUGCCACAGCUACUGGGGACAUCAAGGUGGCAGUGUACAUGUUCAAACUCACAGUCCAUGACAUACAGAAACAGUCCAACUCAGCAAAUCUGAAGAUCACUGUCGCCCAGAAGGAAAACAAAGCCCCCGUGGCGGACGCCGGAGGGGACAAAGUGAUUCAACUUCCAAAAUUAAUAGUUUUGCUGGAUGGAUCCCGUUCAUAUGAUGACCAAAAAAUUGUUCGCUACCAGUGGACCCGAGAUUCAAGCAGUCUGGCUGCAGGGGAGAUUGCCAACAACUCUAACUCGGAAGCAGUGCUGCAACUCAUUAACCUAAUCGCUGGCAGAUAUAUCUUUACUCUUCAUGUCUUUGACACUGAUGGUCUGUCCAGCUCUGAUUCAGCUUCCAUUAUUGUCAAACCAGAUCCAAGUGAAAUAGACAAAAUGGUUCUCGAACUUGAUACAGACAUUGAACAUUUCACCGAAAAAAGUCUUAAAAAUAUUGAAAGUCAACUUGGCCUGCUGUUGCACAUGACAUCAGAAGAAGACGCUUACGUUCUGAGUGAGAAGGUUUAUAAAGAUUUCAACAGUGGACACCUAAAGAUAGAAUUUUAUGCUGUAUCUGUCACCAAAGAAACUAAAGUCGUGAAGAAAGGAAUCGAUGUACUUCGAUGGUUGAAACCCAAAUUGUCUUCACAAACCAACAUCUUUGAAUAUUCCAUUGUGGAUCUCAACACUUUUGUUUGUCAAAAUAAUUGUUCAGGUCAUGGCAAAUGUGACCAGUACACUAAACAAUGUUUCUGUGAGGCCUUCUGGAUGCAGAAUUUCAUUCGCACUAAAUUUUUUCAUGGUGAAAACAACUGUGAUUGGAGCAUCCUCUACGUGGUCAUUGUAUGCUUCUUAAUAGUCGUUGGCCUUGCUGGCUUUGUCUGGUUGACUUGCUGUAUAUGGAAAAGACGUCUAUGGCGGUGGAGAACCAGAAAACGGCCCAAAUAUUCUUUACUUUCACAAAAUGAUAAUGCCAAAGAAAAUUUUAAAAUGUUAACUAAAACUCGUUUAAAAGCCAAAACUGGGACUCCAGCCAGUGACUCAGAUCUUUCAAGUGAAGAUACAUUAUUUGUGAAUCACAAAAGCCACAAUGGACAAAUCUGGCCUAAAAAUGGAAUAAAUCAACACAUAAGACCAAAUAUGUUGACCUAGGAUUAAAAAAAAAAAACAAAACAAAAAACAAUUUACAUUGUUAAGUAUUUUACACCUGGAUAUUGUGAGAGCUGUAAACGAGUUAUAAGACUUUGAAAAAAGAACUCUAAGGAGAUUUUUUUUAAAAAAAUAACUACAGCAAUAUGGGAAAAAACAUUACCUUUUUUUAAAACAAAUCCCAUAAAAAUAUUUGGGUUGUCAUGACAACUUGGAAGUGUCUGUUUAUUUUUGCACCAUUUUACACAGACAUUAGAGAGUGUGUGUAUGUGUGUAUUGAGAUAAUGGGGGGAGGGGUAAGAUGGUGGAAAACCUUAUGUGUGGUGGUGGUGGGGGGGAGUGUUUGUAUGAUAAAGGCACAACAUUUGUGUUAUCAAUUCUUUAUGUUGACCAGUAAAAGAACAGUAAAAGACUGGUAACAUCCAAAGUCCAGUGUUUCACAAGAAUCCUUCCUUCAGUUUUUAAGACUUUUUCUUUUUUGCCUCUCUCCCAAAACCCUUUUGGGCAGCUGAUCUCAAACAGGAUAAUCGUUCUUCUUUUUCCAUAUCAACAACUUUUGUGUGAUGGCAUGUUUAUAUGUGUGAGCACAUAUGCAUGUUGAGUGUGUACAUAAGCAAAAGUGACAACCCAGACACAGUGCACAAUGUAUGAAGGAGAACGAGAAAUCUAAGUGCGAUUGUGAGAAUGUGAGUACACAUUUACAUGUGUGUGUGUGUAUACACACAUGAAGAUAAGAAAGAGAGCAGGAAAUUGGGUGUGUGUGGGUGAAAAAGAGAGAUUUUGUAAAUAUAAAAACUCUGUGUGUGUGUGUGUGUUUAAAAACUUUGCUCCUUCCAGAACCUUCUUUACUUUGCCUUUUAGAUGAUUGAAAAAACAUCUAAAAACAAAACAACAAAAAGAAAAAGACAAAUUCCCACAAAAAAAUACCAAAAGCAUAAACAACAAACAAUAAAACUUAUGGUGUCUUUUAAAAAUAUUUCACUCUUAAGACAACUUUUACAUUU